UUAUCCUCACAAAUAAUACGUCAACAUUCCUACUGGCUUGCUGUUGCUUCUUUCUCUUUCUAGUACUACGUUAUCCACCCUUUGAGUGAAGUUGAAGUGGUUGAGAGUGUCCACGAUUUAAAACUCUAAAAGCUUUCAACAGUUUCAGAAUUUUUGAAUUAAUUUAUUAAGUUCACAACACGACAAUGGCUCCCAAGCAGAGAAUGCGCAUAGCAAACGAAAAAGCCAGCAAAAACGUUUUAAUUCGUGGAAAUGUACCAAAAUCAUCGAAACCUGCAGAUGAAAAAUACCCAGUUGGACCAUGGUUAUUAGCACUGUUUGUCUUUGUUGUGUGUGGGUCAGCUAUAUUCCAGAUAAUCCAAAGCAUCCGACUGGCGUAGCGUUUAAACAUGGAAAAAUAUCUCAAUGGAUGAAACUCAAGAUUUCAACUGUCUCAAAGUUAAAAUUUGUUGGCGCACAAACUCAGUUGAUCGGUUCUAUUGUUUAAUGAAAAUAUGUAAUUGGGGUAUUAUUUGUUCAAGUAAACAUUUUCAUUGUUACUUGUAUUUUCAUUACUUAUUUUAUUAAAUGGCUAUUUCACGAUGUUUUAAUGAAAUUAUAACUAACUGUGAGUCAGUAUGAUCGCUCAAUGAUGAUAUAGUGGAUCACUUUAAUUAUAGAGGAGUUUAUAAAUAUUGUAAAUAUGAUAUACAUAUUGUUUUACAUGUACAGAUGUACGCCAGAGUCCUGGUGAAUAAAAGUGGAGACCAUUCCAAUCUUUUUUACUUAUUUAUUUCUUUUAAUAUAUGUUAUUACAGUUAUUUUUGUUCUGAUUUUUAUAAGUAUUUAAAUCAUUAUUUAUGGAUUGGAAGUAUAUUUUAGACAUUCUUAAUAAAGGAAGCUUGUAUAUUUA